AUGAGCGCCGCGUUGAACAAGAUCGCCCCCAACAGCCCCUCGCGGGCCAACCCCUCCGAGCUCGAGCAGAGCAUCGCCCAGGCUCUGUACGACCUCGAGAGCAACACCGCCGACCUCAAGGUCGCCCUCCGCCCUCUGCAGUUCGUCUCUGCCCGCGAGAUCGAGGUCGGCCACGGCAAGAAGGCUGUCGCCAUCUUUGUCCCCGUUCCUUCCCUGCAGGGCUUCCACCGCGUCCAGCAGCGCCUCACCCGUGAGCUCGAGAAGAAGUUCUCCGACCGCCACGUCCUGAUCCUGGCCUCCCGCCGCAUCCUCCCCCGCCCCAAGCGCUCUGCCCGCUCCCGCAACACCCAGACCCAGAAGCGCCCCCGCUCCCGCACCCUCACCGCCGUCCACGACGCCAUCCUCACCGACCUCGUCUACCCCGUCGAGAUCGUCGGCAAGCGCCUCCGCACCAAGGAGGACGGCUCCAAGGUCCUCAAGGUCAUCCUCGACGAGAAGGAGCGCGGCGGCGUCGACUACCGCCUCGACACCUACUCCGAGGUCUACCGCAAGCUCACCGGCCGCGGCGUCACCUUCGAGUUCCCCCAGAGCGGUGCCUCUGACUUCUAA